AUGCUGACCAACUGCGAGAUAUCUGCGACGGCUAUUGAAACCAUCCCGAGCACAAACUUGUGUCGGGACACAUCUCUGCAUGACAAAUCAGGAGAUUGUAUGGAUAUUGUUGAUAUAACAUACAUGGGUAGGACUAUUAAAGGAACUGUGUACACGACCCAGGGAUGGUACAACAUUCCGACGAGAGUUGGCCAGAAGUUCGAAUAUGCUCAGAUGGAUCCAUCCCAGCCAAAGGACAACCAAUGCACCACAGAAGACCAUUUUUAUAUCAUUGAGAAGCAGACCGCGCAGCACCCACUGCUAGGGCAAUAUGCAAUUCCCACGCAGUAUAGAAAUAUCGCGGGUCGAUUUUCUCGAGAGGACUUCGAGGCAGUGUUGGAAACACUGGGUGAAAACGAAAAAGUCCUCGAUAUAGGAAGUGGGUACGGAGGUGAGUCUGGUUAUGUUUUGGAUGAAGCUACCUAUGCUUAUACCAAAGAUAGAAUUGCCAGUAAAGCUCCUCAAAAAAUCAACGUUGAAAUCCUCGAAGGCGUCGCUAAGAAAAUUCCAUUCCCAGAAAAUAACUUCGACGCUGCUGUAUCAACGUGGAUACUGCAUUAUGUGCACAAUCUAGAGGCAGUGCCUCAGAGAUAUGACUUGUGUAGUAGAUCCUCAGCUGCCAAACGCAAAAAUCGUGAUUGUCUAAGGGGCGUCAGAGUUUGCAGUUGGAAGCUGAUCGUCUACCUCCAGACCAUGAGCUUUCCGAAUAUUGACUGCAUGUCUUUGGUUUGA